AUGGGAUUUACGAAGGGUGGUAUCGGUUCUACAUCUAGUGCUCCAUCUGGACCUGCUAUCGCUUCCCCGGCCCCUACCAAACUAGCGUCUACAUCCGAGUUGCCAACCGCCUUUGGUGGUAACAGUGCCCCUCGGGCCCAACGCUCUUUCCUCCGCAGCGGGACUUCCUCUACAAGCAAACCAUCCACUCCGUUACCUGCACAUGAACAAGCACACUUCAAUAAGAUUGGAGGUACCAUCGGUGCUCAGAUGCUUGCAAAGAUGGGAUGGCAGACUGGUACAGGUCUCGGCGCGACUGGGGAUGGUAUUGUUGUUCCAAUCGAGAGCAAAUUACGCCCGAGUAAAAUGGGUAUCGCAUUCAGGGGGUACAGGGAGAAGACGGAGCAAAGCAAGCUUGAGGCUAGAAGAAGGGGAGAAAUAGUCAGCGAUGAUGAGGAAGAGGUCCGGCCGGGACAGAAAAAGAAGGGCGAUGCGAAAGAGAAGAGGAGCGACGCUUGGAAGAAGCCGAAGAAAGUGAAGACGAAGGUGGAGCACAAGACAUACGAACAAAUCGUUGCAGAGGCUGGUCAGGAGCCCGCCGCAUCCGGUAUUGGUCAAAUCAUUGAUGCGACUGGCAGAACGCCUCGUGAAGUUGCAUCACUCGCUGACAUAUCUUUGUCAUCGUGGACACCAUCAACCGAUCCUACUCGCAUACCGGAGGUACGGCAUAACUUGCGACUUAUUGUAGACGCAUGCAAGAACGAUCUUGACGGGCUUGCCCGUGAAGCCAAGGCUCUCGAGGAACGCAAAAGAUUCGUUGCUCAAGAAAACAUUCGGCUGCAAAAGAAAGUUACUGAUGAGGCUGAACUCAUUGCACGACUACAACAGGUAAAACUUGUCGUGGACGAUAUUGGCGCAAAGGCUAAGGAGCUAGCUUCUGUUUAUGAGGCGACCUUGGAUGACUUUUCGCCUAUGUUUUCCACACUGCUGGUGCAGUACCCCACAGAGUUCGACAGAUAUCGGUUAGACGAGAUUGUUGUCGCAGCAAUCACGCCGAUGGUCAGACGCAUCGUUGCCCAAUGGAAUCCACUCCAGGAUCCUUUAGGCUUGGUCACAACCUUCCGCACAUGGAAGCAAGCGCUGAAAGUCAACUCUGUUGACAAACCACCAGAUACCCAGAUUGAUAUCUAUGGUGCUCAUACUGUGGCAACCCCUCCUGCUAUUGAAAAGCCCAUGACUCCCUUUGAGUCCCUUCUAUGGAAUGUAUGGCUACCCAAAGUCCGUACCUGCCUUAACAACGAAUGGUCACCUGAGGACCCUACGCCAGCUGUGAAGUUGUAUGAGGCAUGGUCGACAUUCCUCCCGGCAUUUGUGCGCGAUAACAUACUUGACCAACUCAUACUACCCAAAGUGAGCAAAGCCGUUGCAGACUGGAGCCCCAAGCGUAGUACGGUGUCCUUACACGCGCUUGUAUUCCCUUGGCUCCCAUACCUCGGUUUGCGUAUUGACGGUGUUCUGGGUGAUGCGCAAAGGAAGGUCAAGAGUCUUCUGAGGAGUUGGGUACCAGCAGACGGCGCACUCAAGGACCUCAGUGGAUGGAGGGAGGUUUUCGACAAAAGCGAGUGGGACGCAAUGCUCCUCAAGUAUGUUGUACCGAAAUUAGGCUCGUUGUUGCGUGACGAGUUCCGUGUCAACCCCCGCAACCAGGAUAUGGAACCGUUGAAGCAUGUUCUCGCGUGGUCUACGCUUCUCCACGGAAGUGUAUUUGUCCAGCUGCUAGAAACCGAGUUCUUCCCGAAGUGGCUGGAUGUACUGCACAUUUGGCUCAUACAGCCAAAGGUCAGUUUCGAAGAAGUUGCACAGUGGUAUUCCUUUUGGAAAAGCAGUUUCCCGGAUAGUGUGCAGUCUAUGCCCGGUGUUGCACGUGGAUUCACUCGCGGGUUGCAACUUAUGAACACAGCUAUCGAGCUCGGCCCUGAUGCGCCUACGAUGCUGAAACGCCCGGAUCUACGUGCAGAACAGGCGAUUGCAAAUGCGUCUAUGAAGAAGCCGACUGCAACGAAAGUCGCUCCUGCGCGUGUUCAAGAAAUCACCUUCCGCUCGAUUGUGGAGGAGUUUUCUGCGUCACACAAUCUCCUGUUUAUUCCUACGGGGCGUGUGCAUGAGAAGUCGAGGAUGCCAUUGUUCCGCGUCUCAUCUAGCAUUGGAGGGAAAGGAGGCUUGCUUGUUUAUGUACAAGAUGAUGCUGUGUGGGCGCCUGAUGGGGAUGAGUAUGGGGCAAUUACCUUGGAGGAUAUGGUUCUUAGGGCCAACAAGUAG